CAAAAACAUAAACCCGAUUAGAAGAAGAAGUGCAAGCCGCUUGAAUAGAAACAUGGGAGAGGCAGAAGUUGUCUCGGCAGACGAGAAACAAGUGGAUUCAGGUUCCUGUGCUGCUGAUGAGUCAGUGGUAUGGAGCCAGGAGGUGGAAGUGUGUCUGUUUCACGCAAUGUUGGGUCACAAACCAGUCGGGGUCAAUCGUCAUUUCCACAUGAUUUGCAUACGUGAUAAAUUCAGCCAAAACAUUGGAAGGCAGGUGUCAUCCAAGGUCAUCUGGGAUCACCUGGGAACAAUGUAUGACAUGCAGGCACUGCACGAGUCUGAGAUCCUCCCUUUUCCCAACUCUGAAAAGAGCUUUGUCCUGCCUGAGGAUAUAAUACAAGAGGUCAGAGAAGGAAAAGUAGGCUCAGAGGAUGAUAUAAAAGAAGAGUUUAAAGAAGAGAGGGAUCUUUCAGCCACCCAUGAAGAAGGCAGCAACUCUUCAGUGAAGAUGACUGAACGCUCCAGCAGUGGGCGAGAGAAAGAAAAGGAGCGAGAGCGUGAGAGGGAGAAAGGGAAUUCGGUUGAGACCGGUGGUGGUUUCAAAGAGGCUGCGGGUGAAAAGAGGAAGCGAAAUCGGGCCACAGAAAAAACACUGAGUACCGGCAACCCAUCCAGCCCUGGGGGAGCCAAACGCCGUAGAACAUAGUGAUGUCCAACAGGAGUAAUUUGGCGGAGCUAACUAACUGAGUGGAAGAUCGCUUACUUUGGGCCAACCAGAGUCUCGGCCUUGGUUAUAUUGUGAGGGACUGUUUCUGUGUGAAAGGAUGGUCCUCUGUUUGAGCUUUUUCUCAGAAAUGAGGGAUUGAGGGAAUGCAUCAGAGCACACUUGUACACGGUCUACUGAAAUAAUCAUGACUCCAGUAGAAAGUAAAAGUGGUUUGAGAAGAUCUUAAAAGCUUCCAAGUUGUGGAACAUAGUACAGACAAAUGUUACCUUACCUUGUUUUUUUUCCCAGACAGUAAGUUUUAGGUAGCAGUUUCUAUCUUGUUUUGUUUAAUUGAGCUCACUGAGAAAUUUCUGUACCUGAACAUGUUUGAUGGCAUUUUUUUGAUAACAGUGUAUGAUGGUCAAUUAGGGAUAGAAGGCUUAGUACAUAAUUCUUAAUGCAGCUUGUUAGCCAUUACAAUACAGUACUUGUUUAAAAUGCUUCUGUCAUCACUUCCUUUGACUGUCUACGUGUGUGUGUGUGUGUGUGUGUGUGUGUGAGAGAAACCUGAGCGAUAUGAAACCUGAACUUCAUGUAUUUCUGUUAUUUGUUGGUUAAAUAGGAAUGUGAAGUUUUUUCUUUUUUUACAACCAUUUGUAUUUAUUAAUUUUUUCAUUUUAAAAAAGUGUGUGACCAAGCAUUAAAUCAGGCUUAAUGUUGGCUUGUUUCUUUUAUAAAAGAAUAAAUGCUGGCCUUCUCGGGCUAAUGCUUUGAAAA